CUGCAGUUUUGCAUCGGGUGCAGAUUUAAGCCAUCCGAGCUGCAUUCCAAAAAAACAAGCGUGUCAGGGAUCAGGGUGUGGCUUGUGCCAGCGUUAAGGAAUGAUGACCCCAGCAUACUUAUAAAAUAAGUGAGGGCAACUCGCUAGACAGCUGUUCCUCAUAACCCGGGCCUCUAUCAACAGCACUUUGCUUCUCCUUCUCAGCAAAGGUCCGGUUCCCAUUUGCAUCCACAAGUGACCAUGCCAGGGACUUUGGCGCUGCUUUCAGUUCUGUUCAGUCUCCUCCACAUCACCGAGGGGCAAACGUUCAGCUGGGGACCGUGUCCGGAUCCACCCGUCCAGGAGAACUUUGAUGUUACCAAGUAUGUUGGGAAAUGGUAUGAAAUCGAAAAGCUGCCUGCAAGCUUUGAGAAGGGAAUCUGCAUCCAGGCCAAUUACUCACUGAAGGAAAAUGGGAAGAUUAAAGUGGUAAAUCAAGAGCUCCUCUCUGACGGCAGAAUUAAUCAAAUCGAGGGGGAGGCUGUCCAGGCAGACAAUGAGCUGGCCAAGCUGGGUGUCAGCUUUUACUGGUUCAUGCCCUCUAGCCCUUACUGGGUACUCUCCACUGACUAUGAAAACUACUCCAUGGUGUAUUCCUGCACUACUUUUAUCUGGCUCUUCCACGUUGAAUAUGCCUGGAUUCUGUCAAGAACUCCCCAGCUGCAGCCAGAAACUGUGGAACGCCUGAAGAACCUUCUCCGUUCCUACAAGAUUGACACUGAGAAAAUGAGGCCAACUGAUCAAAUUAAUUGUCCUCCUGAGAUGUAGAUCCCACUGUUUAGAAGAACAAGUCCAGGAUAGUUAUGAACUCUGUUGCUUUCUUAGUGUUGGUUAAAACCUCUUAAUUUAGAAUAACAAACUCUUUUGCUAAUGGUAGCUUGUAAACCCUGACUGUAAUGUCUACAUGUGAUAGCAGCUACGUAGCAUUGGUACUCUGCCUGUGUAACCUCUCUCAUGUACUUUGAGAAGCCUGAAUAAAUUAUACCAAAACCCUUUC